AUACCCCUUUCAAAUUCCUUCUUAAGCUGGAGCUGGAUCUGUGUGUGGAGGUGUCCCUGGAGUGUCAGUAUCCUCUAGCACUUGGUGAUACCAGGGUCACUGCUCGGUCCCAAAGCACAACAUGCAGACAACAGCCAAACUGAGAUAAUUUCUUUCCCAAGUGACACUAUUGGAGACCUGAAGAGAUGUGCAUUGAGCAGGAUGUGUAGGUGGAGGGCUUAAUGAACUUGGCUGAGCUACAGCUUAUCUUCUGAGGAGGUAUCCAGUAUUGAUUUAAGGACUUCAGGUGAUGGAGAAUCUAACCAAGAUUAACUACCCCUCAGAUGAUGAAGCUAUUGAAAAAGCAAAUGAAAACAGGACAGCAACAUGUCAAGAUUCAGAUUUCAAACCUGCUGUGAAAAAGAAGAGAAAACAGCCUACAGAGUGUUUUUUAAGUCAGCCUGAAGAAAAGCAAGAGAGCACUGUAAAGGCAAAGAAGAGGAAGAAGAAGAAGAACAUUUCUGAUGUUCUGCAAAAAUCUGCUCCAAAACCUGGUGUCCCUGCGGAUCUACAAAAUCUGCUUACUCAACAUUUUGGUGAAAACCGUUCCGUGAUUGAAAUAGAGGAAUUAAAGCUGUCAGAUUCCUGCUUUUUGCCAGCCAAUGAUCUUACCCACAGUUUUUCUUCAUACCUGAAGGAAAUCUGUCCUAAGUGGGCGAAACUCCGGAGGAACCACAAGGAGAAGAAGUCGGUGGUAAUGCUGGUUCUGUGCAGCUCUGCCCUUCGCUCCUUGGAACUCAUCAAGUCAAUGACAGCCUUUAAAGGAGAUUGCAGAGUCAUCAAGUUGUUUGCAAAGCACAUAAAGAUAAAGGAACAGAUGAAUAUGUUAGAGAAAGGUAUGUUCCACAUUGGGAUUGGAACUCCUGCAAGAGUAAAGGCACUAGUGGAGCAAGAUGCCCUGUACUUAAACUCCACAAAAUAUGUAAUUCUGGAUUGGAACUGGAGAGAUCAGAAACUAAGGAGAAUGAUGGACAUCCCUGAGAUAAAGAAAGAAACAAUUGACCUACUUGAGAAGAGUAUUAUAAAGCUGUGCAGAGAUGGAUCUGUGAAGCUGGGACUCUUUUAAUGAGUUUACCAACAAGGAAGUAAUUUGCAGCUGCCUUUUGCUAUUAUCCUGCCUGCAACUGAAUUUUGACUUUUCAGAGGUCUCAAUACAGCAGGCACAUUGGAACAUUUUCUCAGCUUUCUUUUAAUAAAAACCCAGAAGUUGUGUUUGUAGUUCUAGUAUUAUUUUUAUUGCAGGAACAAUGUCAUACUGAAAUCAGAGUUACACCGCUUUCACCUGCUAGAUGUACUACUACGUGUCACUAGUAAGACCUUGAAGAUGAGCAAAUAUGGGUGUGAAAGUCUUUGCACAGCUCAGUUUUCUGUUCCCUCCUUGUGCUGUCUCAAAUUAGACAUAUAUUUCUCUCAUGAGUGGUAAUCUACUUGCCCUUGGGGGUCUUUGAAAAAGUAUGAAUUUCAGUAACAUGUUAAAGAAGUAUUUUUCACCUA